AUUUCCUCAGACUAUCUCCUUCUCUACCACUUCCCUCACUUUUUAGUUUUUACCAACACACACCAUCAGACAAUGGCGGCCAUUACUGGAGUCUCCGCUCUCUCUACUCCCAUUUCUCCUCCUCCAUCACUUCCGGCGUCGCCUCUACUCAAUCCCACUCCGUGUCUCUCCAGAUUCCCAAAUGUAUAUCCGCUUCCCGCGCUCUCUACCUCUCGCCGGAGAAGGAUCCCGUUGAUUCCGGCGUGUUCUUCGAUUGGCGACGGAGAUGAAGCGGUCGAAGAAGCAAGAUGUGAUGAUGAGAUUAGAGAGACUUUGAUGUUAUCUGUCUCUCCUUUGCCUCUCCUCCUCGUUGCUUCUCUCCCUGGAGCUGCAACUGUAAGAUCUGUCAUUGGACCCUUUGUGGAGAUUGUAAAGUCCUUGAAUCUACCUGAUUGGCUUGUUCAUUGGGGCCAUCCAGGCAACAUGGCUGUGGUUCUUUUCGCUAUGGGUGGCUAUGGAACAUAUCUAGGCUUCCGUAUUCGUUAUUCAGAUGACAUUGAGGAGAAGGCAAAGGCCAAAGACCUGCACCCGAAGCUUCUUGCCGGAAUGUUUUUCUUUUUCUCCCUUGGAGCAACUGGUGGUAUCACAUCCCUUCUUACCUCCGACAAACCCAUCUUCGAAAGCCCGCACGCUGUUACAGGUUCUAUAGGUCUUGCACUCUUGACGAUUCAAACAGUCUUACCAACUUUGUUCAAGGACAAACCCGAACUGAGGAACGUUCAUGGGAUCCUCGGGAGCGGGAUAAUGGCGCUUUUCCUCGUCCAUGCUGCUCUCGGCCUUCAGCUCGGUCUCAGUUAUUGACUGACUCUUCUCAUAUGUUUUGUCCCUAAUAAAAGAAGAUAUAUAUAGAGGCAACAAGCUUGUGUAAAAUGAUGUGAACAUUUUAGAGUCUUGUUUAUAAUUUUUUUUCUAUUAUAAAUUUUGUUUUAUUGGAUGCUCAGAUAUUAUUUUUAAAGAAUUUGGGGGUUUUUCACGUGUUAUAAGUUUUUUUUUCUUUUCUUAACAAA